GUACGUUUUCUUCCUGGUGGCCUAUUCAUACCUUAUAUUAUUUCAUUUGCGUGAAGAGAUCAGCACUCUGGAGAUUUUACUGAUAGGAUGGAUAAGCACCAUGAUAGUUGAGGAAUUGAGAGAGAUGACCUACUCCACCUCGGAGAGCGUUGGGCGUAAGCUGAUAGACUGGUGGAACUUCAGCGUAUGGAACCGCAUAGACAUCAUCCUCUGUGUUGUGGCCCUGGGGGGAUUUAUAUUCCGCAUGAUACCUGGCAUGUUAGACCAGAUUAAGCUGUUCUAUGCCAUGAACUGUGUGCUGUUUUAUCUUCGGUUCCUCAGGCUUUAUUCUGUCAGCAGUGUGCUGGGUCCAAAGCUGGUCAUGAUUAAGUUGAUGGUAAUUGAGCUGUCUAUCUUUGUGUGCAUCUUGAUAAUAGCCAUAAUGGGUUAUGGGGUGACCUAUCAGGCCCUCACAUUCCCUGCUAGAGAACCAUAUUGGGGUAUUCUGAAGGAUAUCUUCUACUAUCCUUAUUGGCAGAUAUAUGGAGAACUGUUUCUGGAUGAGAUUGGACUUCAGGGUACCUUGCCUGGCUGUGAAGGGAACAGCACAGUGACACUGGAUGGGCACCCCUGCCCCACCUUCCACAGCUUUGUGCCCAUACUGCUAGCAGUCUAUCUGCUUGUGGGCAAUGUACUGCUGCUGAAUCUUCUCAUUGCCAUCUUCAGUUUUGUGUUUGACAAAGUGCAGAAAAACUCCUUAGAGAUCUGGAAGUUUGAUAUGUAUUUCCUAGUGAUGGAAUACAUAGACAAGCCAGGCCUGCCUCCCCCUUUUAUCUUCAUAGAGCAUGUGUUGCUCUUAAUCAGGUUUAUAGUGAGGAAAACCUGCCAUAAAGUGCCACCCAAGGUCAAUACUAAAACUCUUGAACACCAGAGGCGAAUGUUAGGAGCUUUUGAGAAAGACUCAGUGAAAAGUUACAUGAGGAAAACCAGGGAAAAGGCAGAACUGGAUCCCAGUAUGCUGACACUUGUAGUGAAAAGAAGGGUCGAUAAUAUUGCCAAGGCUAUUGAGGAAAUGCGGCUCUACUGGGCAGAGAGUCAAAGAGAUUUGGAGGAUUAUGAUCUCCCAAAUUCAGAUAACAUUUCCAUGGACAAUUUUUCUGUAUCUUCUGAGGGUGCAUCUCACUGGAAAAGGACACUGAGGGAAAGAAAGCUCAUGGAGCAGGGAGUCAAUGCUUUUAGACAUUCGUUAACACUACGUGAUAAGCAGGCAAGCACAGUUGCUGAGGAUCAAAACAUAAGUAGGCUACCCCCUAUAGAGGAGGCUGAAACAAAAGAAAAGAAAAGGAUAAAGAGGAUAAAGAAAAGAAAAGAUAGAGAAAAGAGGAGGGAAGAAAGACUGUCUUUGAGUGCAGAAGAAGAUGAAAAUGACAAAGAAAGGUCCAAAAAGCACCGACACAGAAGGAAAAAAAUUGUUGAUGAAGCAGAUGGUGAGAAGUCUCAAGGAAAGCAUCGUGGUACAUCAAGCCGCUCUAAAUCACCAAACCCAACUUUCUUUGAAGAAUCAGCAGCCUCCCUUAUGGAGAAGGGACAAAUGGCAGAAGAAACAAGUUCAAAAUUCGUACCAGAUUCUGAGAAAGUUCUUAACAUAAGUCCAAGCUUUUCUGAUGACCGAUUAAAAAUGCUGGAGGACAGAAUUUCAAAACUGGAAGAAAAAACUUCUUCAUCAUUAUCAAAUAUUGAAGACAUGUUACAAAAGCUGGUUUUCAGUAAAGAUGUAAGCUCUGUAAAAUGUUAAGAAACUGUCAUAAAACUGUGAUAUUUGAUUUGUAUUGAGUUCCUGUAAGUUCCUGAUUUGUAUUGUGUUGUGUUGUAUUGUGUUGUAUUGUGUUCCUGUAAGUUGUCAGGUUAGUACAACUGUCUAACUAUCAGUGUGUAUUAUGAUAAUAAGACAGUUGUUAUACAAUUUGACAAAAGAAAAUUUACGUCUUUUGCUUUGAGUAGCAUAUGUAAAGAUAUCAGAAGCACAAAAUUUAACAGUGCCAAUGUGCCAGAUUUUUCUGAAGUUUUCUUGUAAGCAGACAAUCAAAUAUUAUAUAUACUUUAUUACUAUUUUUUAAUUUAGUUGUUGUCAAAUGUGAUACAUUUUCUGAGGUUAGUAAUAACAUGUUUAACUAUCGCAGAAUUAAAUUGUGAAUUAUUUUGUGACUAUAUAUUGUAUAAAGUAAGCACGUAAUUAUGAAGGGGUCAACAUAGCAGUUUUCUCUGUACUCACUAAAUGUUACCCAUGUUAACCUUGAAAAGGUAUUACAAUUAUUAUUAUGUGACAUUUUACUGUUUCAUAGCCAUUUUCUUCAUUGGUAGUAUUUAUGAAUUUUGUAAUAUAUAUAUAAAAUUAUUAUUAUUAUUGAGAGCAAUGAUUUUGUAGACUGUGAUACAGACAUGUAAAAAUUUAGACAUUCCAUCUUUUUUAUAUACAGUAAAUUUCUUUAAAAUUUUAA